AUAAAGUACAAGAAUAAUGAAUUUAUGGCUAGUUUAAUAAAAAACUUAUUAUAUAUUUAGAUUGAGUGACUUAUUUCUCUAAAAAUUCUAAAAAUCAUUUUAGUGAUGACACGUGGCUACAAAAAAUGUUGUAAUGCUUUUCAAUGAAUGGAUAUUGAUAUUUACAAUAAUUAAAAUAUUUUGUAAACUCUAAGUAGUGCAUCAAUGGAAUUUCUGAUUAUCAUGUUGACUGAUUUUAGGUUUACUUAGCAAGGAUCAAUUUACAUCUGUCACUAGACAAUCCAAAUUAUACUUACCGUUUUAAGUAUAUGAUGCAUCGACAAAUUACAAACUACUACAUUCUAUGAUGUUAAUUCUUUUCGCUUGGAGCAUAAUUUUUUUUACUUAAAUCAGAUUGUGAGUAUGAUUUUCUAUUUAUAUUUCAAUAUAACAUACAAUUUGCAAUGUCAUUAUGUUUAUUUGAUAUUGCAAAAGUACUUAUUAAUUGACUUGGUCUAAUCUCUUACAGUUAAAAGAGAAAAUUCUUUCUCACAACAUCACGUAACAUUAACAACCCUUGAUUAAAAUACCUAUUUUAAGGCUGUUAAAUCAUUUAAAUUUAAAAGAACAAAGAAACGUGGUAAGAGAGAAGGGAAGAGCGCCAAAGUCUGAGGCUAAUUUUAUGGUAGCUUCAAACAUUCCUAAAAUGGCGAUAAUGCCUCAAAAUCCAUAUGACGUUUCUGAUAUCAUUAUUUGAGACUCAAAUUGCUCAAAAAUAUUUUCAUGCGUGGAUACGUUUUAAUAGGUCUAAAGAGAAUUGGAUGAGAGUUGAAACGGAUCAAGCUGAGAAAGGAAGCAACGGCAGAUGCAUCUAUGAAGACAGGUGAAUUACACCACUUGAUACUUCUUGAGUUUAUCCGGCGUUCUUCUUUCGGGUUUCUCAGAUGGAAUGGCAGAUCCUGCUAGUUAUGUCUAUCACGAACGUGACAUUGACCAAGCACUUAUCAUUUUGAAAAAGGGAACACAGUUAGUCAAGUACAGUCGAAAAGGGAAACCUAAGUUUCGUGCAUUCAGGCUUUCUCCGGAUGAAAAAACGUUGAUUUGGUUUUCGCAUGGAGAAGAAAAAGGCUUAAAGUUAUCAGAAGUUUCUCGAAUCGUCCCAGGGCAAAGAACUGCUGUUUUCAAGAGAUUUUUACGUCCAGAGAAAGAUCACUUAUCAUUUUCACUUCUAUAUAAUAACAAAGAAAGGUCACUUGAUUUGAUUUGUAAAGACAAAGCUGAGACAGAGGUUUGGUUUGCUGCCCUUAAGUAUAUAAUUGAAAGAAGUCGUAAUAGACGUGCAAGAAGUGAGAUCCCUGAGAUACAUGAUAGUGACAACUUCUCCACUGGUCGUCAAUCAAUAGACAUUGUCUCAAACAAUAUUCCACGAGGUAGAACAUCAAUCGAUCUAGGAUAUGAACGUGGAAACAUGUUAAGACCAAGUACUGAUGGUUUUCGGAUUAGUGUCUCAAGCACACCAAGUUGUUCAAGUGGAGGUUCUGGUCCGGAUGAUAUAGAAUCAUUAGGUGACGUUUACGUUUGGGGUGAAGUUUGGAGCGAAGGGAUACUACCAGAUGGGACUGUUAGCAAAGAAACGGUGAAAACAGAUGUGUUAACUCCAAGACCCUUGGAAUCCAACGUUGUUCUUGAUGUUCACCAGAUUGUUUGCGGUGUAAGGCACGUUGCGCUUGUGACAAGACAAGGAGAAGUCUUUACUUGGGGAGAAGAAGCUGGAGGUAGGCUUGGACAUGGUAUUCAAGUCGACAUUUGUCGUCCCAAACUCGUUGAGUUUCUUGCUUUAACCAACAUAGACUUUGUUGCUUGUGGAGAGUAUCACACUUGUGUUGUAUCCACCUCUGGGGACUUGUUUUCGUGGGGAGAUGGAAUCCACAAUGUGGGUCUUUUAGGGCAUGGUAGUGAUAUUAGCCAUUGGAUACCAAAAAGAGUCUCUGGUCCAUUAGAAGGUCUUCAGGUACUCUCUGUUGCUUGUGGCACAUGGCAUUCUGCUUUAGCAACUGCAAAUGGGAAGCUAUUCACUUUUGGUGAUGGUGCGUUUGGUGUUUUGGGACAUGGAGACAGAGAAAGCGUUUCCAACCCUAAGGAAGUACAAUCGUUAAAUGGUUUGAAAACUGUGAAAGUUGCUUGUAGCAUUUGGCAUACCGCGGCGAUUGUUGAGGUUAUGGGCCAGACCGGUACCAGUAUGUCAUCUAGGAAGUUAUUUACUUGGGGUGAUGGGGAUAAAAACAGAUUAGGGCAUGGGAACAAAGAGACUUACUUGCUACCCACGUGUGUCUCUUCACUUAUUGAUUACAACUUUCAUCAAAUUGCUUGUGGGCAUACAUUUACCGUGGCACUCACAACCUCAGGACAUGUUUUCACUAUGGGCGGGAGUUCACAUGGUCAACUCGGUAACUCAAUAUCUGAUGGUAAAGUACCUUGUUUGGUGCAAGACCGAUUAGUGGGAGAAUUUGUGGAAGAAAUCGCUUGUGGAGAUCACCAUGUUGCGGUUUUGACAUCUAGAAGUGAAGUUUUUACAUGGGGGAAAGGUGCUAAUGGAAGAUUAGGACACGGUGAUACAGAAGAUAGAAGAACACCAACAUUAGUUGAAGCCUUGAAAGACCGGCAUGUGAAGAGCUUAUCUUGCGGCUCAAACUUCACAUCUAGUAUAUGUAUACAUAAAUGGGUCUCCGGAGCAGAUCAGUCAAUCUGCUCCGGAUGUCGCCAAGCAUUUGGAUUCACACGUAAGAGACACAACUGCUACAACUGUGGCUUAGUCCAUUGCCAUGCUUGUAGUUCAAAGAAAGCUUUGAAAGCAGCAUUGGCUCCAACUCCAGGGAAGCCACAUCGAGUAUGCGAUGCUUGUUACAACAAACUUAAAGCAGCCGAGACUGGUUAUAUCACUAAUGCAAACAGGAACAAUGUUGCAACUCCUGGACGGUCGUCAAUAGAUGGUUCGGUAAGAAUAGAUAGAGAAACAACAAGGUCAUCUAAAAUUCUCUUGUCCGGAAAUACAAAAUCAGUCAAGACAUCAAGGCCUGGAUUUAGACCUAAUUCUUCUAAUGUCCGUGACUCGCAAGUUCCAUCUCUCCAACAACUUAAAGACAUUGCAUUCCCAAGUCUACUAAAACCUAUUGCUCCUGCUGCUGUUCCACAGCGUCUACUAGUGGGACCAAUGUCAUCGCCUCCACCUACAAGAUCCUCAUCGCCUUUACCUGGAAGAUCUUCAUCGCCAUACGCAAGAAGAUCUAGCCCUCCACGCACUUCUGGAUUUUCGAGGAGCGUUAUUGAUAGUUUGAAGAAGACUAAUGAAGUUAUGAACCAAGAAAUGACGAAGCUGCAGAGUCAGGUUAAGAACUUGAAAGAGCAAUGCAAUAAUCAAAGAACAGAGGUCCAUAAAUUUCAAGAAGCAGCUAAAGAAGCUUUCGAAUUAGCUGCAAAGCAAUCUUCUAAGCAUAAAGCAGCUACAGAAGCCCUAAAGUCUAUUGCAGAACAGUUAAAAGGAUUGAAGGAUAAACUACCACCUGAAGUAUCAGAGAGUGAAGCUUUUGAGUCCAUUAACUCUCAAGCUGAAGCUUAUCUAAAUAAAAACGAAGUGUCUGAAAAAUCUAUACUUACAACUUCGAUACUUGAUCAACAAGAAACAUCUCCUUCCGGAAACACACAAGAUCAAAAGGUUGAUGAACAAGUAUCAUCGAACACACAAGAUCAAAAGGUUGAUGAACAAGUAUCAUCGAACUCAAGUAUAUCCGAAACGUCAAAUUCAUCAAAGCCAGUACCAACAGAAUCUUCAUCAUCAUCAUCAAGAACAGGGGGAAAGGAAAGUAAAGAACAGUAUGAACCUGGCGUUUAUGUGACUUUUGUGGUAGACAUGAAUGGUAACAAGAUUUUCCGACGAGUUAGAUUCAGUAAAAAGAGAUUUGAUGAGCAUCAAGCAGAAGAGUGGUGGACUAAAAACAAAGAUAGGUUGCUUAAGUGGUAUAGUCCAAAUUCAUCAUCAUCAUCACCAAAACCAACUGCCUCCGAUUCACCUAUUGCUCCUCCACCACCAUCGGAAUCACCGUUGGAUCCGUCAGUCCCUGAAAAGAGCAAUGACGAAGAACCAGAAGUCCCUGAGAAGAGCAAUGAGGAAGAACCAGAUUCUGAAAUCUAGCCAUGUAUAAGUUAUGAUUGUUAUUCUUAAGAAUCUGACGUGUUUUCUUAAAAGGUCUGAACAUUGUUGAUACGUAUUGUACUGCGUUAUUCAAAUAUAUGAAUAGUUUUGGAAUAUAUGAUGUAAUACUUAAGAUUAUGUAGUUUGUAAAACUUCCAUAUCUCUUUUGACAUUAGUUUUUUGCUGUAUUUUAAAUGCCGCAAGGCGUUCUAAGGCGAGACGGUUCGAGCCAUGCGCCAUGGUGCACAAAGGUGCUCGCCUUGAUGAUCAAAGUGGGAAGCCGUUUAUCCAACCUUGUUCCCUUCUCUUCUAACUGCUUCUCCUGUUUCAAAUUCAUUCAAACAACAGCAACAAAGCUUGCAGACCACUUGGAGAAGCUAUUAGUUAUGUCUUGUUAUGUCUUGUAUUUGAGAAGAAAACACUUUAGGUAAGGAAUGAUUGAUUCACAUACAAGACACAAAUCUUAAAUGCAAGCUUUAUUAUUUGAAGAUAGUUAAAGUUGCAAUAGAACUCAGAGGCGUGAAUGAAAACUCAGAAACAAAAUUAUUCAAAACCAAAACCCAAAACAAAGUUUCAAAUAUAGAAAACCAAAAUAAAUAACUUCAAAACAAUACCUAAAAAUCAUCUUUGUAAGCACUAUAAUUCUUACUUCAUCAUCAAAGUCAACAUCCUCAUACCCAAGGUCAUCUUCAUCUAAAUCUUCUUCCAACUCAUCCUACUCAUCAACCAAUGUCAUAAUGGUUUGAGAUGGUCUGUAACGUUUUUUUCUGAUUUGAGCUAGCAACACCUUUUCCUUUAUCUUUUUUAGAUGUACUUGUACCAGUUGCUCCUCUAGUAGAAUAGUUGGGUUCUUCAGCACUCACAACAUUCCAUGGCAAAUCAUCAUCUUCCCACACCAGAUCAUCAUUAUCAGAUGAAUCUCCAUCCAUUCUUCCAAUCAACCACUCAUUGCUUUCAUCAAUUUCAUCCAAAAGAAUAGGAUCUGUGGUGACACUGUCACUUCUGGUGCUUCGGCGUUUUAGAGCUCAGUUGUAUUUCACAAAAACCAUGUUGUUCAGCCGAUGUUGUGCUAGUCGAUUUCUCAAGCUGUUACAAAUCAAGUUCAAAACUUAUAAGUAAAAUGAAAUCACCUAGAAUUAUAUAAAAUAAAAGUGAUUAAAAAGACUUAAAAGUUGGAAAACACUCCAAUUUAUUUCACACCCAGUAGCACUACAAGUCAGACUAAGAAUCUUAACAGCGAAGUUUCUGAGAUUUGGAGCAGAAGAUCCAUAACAAGACCACCAUUCAGCUAUUAAAUUAAAAAUAUUGUUAGUAUUUAUUUAAAUGAUCAAUUAUCUAAAAGUAAUUCAAGUUUGUUUUACCUGGUGCUUUGACAUCUCUUUGCCUACUGGUCAUGGCAUGGCCGAAGAUACCAGUAGAGUUCUUGAAUGCAUCUAACUCUGCCAUUAUCUUGUCUUGAGUCUAUGUAUCUGGAACCAACCUAUUAAUGCAACACAUACAAAAUUAUCGUCUGAAAAUUGUGUACCAAACUAUUAAUGAAAAACAAUAACACAAUUUAAAAGACCGACCUAGUAAUGCAAUUGUACAAGCCCCCUUCCACUUCUUCGCAGCGUACAUCAUCGUGAUAUUUGUAAUGAAUUGAAGGGUUUAGGAAAUACCCAGCAGCAUGCAAAGGAUGGUGAAGCUGACACUCCCACUUUUUGUCAAUGAUCUCAAAGGCUUUUUCGUAUUUCUCUUUAUUCCACUUGAAAUCCUUUGCGAUUGUCUCUUUUGCCAUGUCUAUGGCUGCAUAAAUGUAUCCCAUAGCUGAUUUUUUCUCUCCAUCAACCAUCCUAAGUACUUUGACAAGAGGAGUCAUGAGCUUUAGAGCAUGUCGAAUAUUCCUCCAAAAGGUCACUUGCAUACGAUAUUGUCUAACUUUUUUUGCUCCAGCUUCUUUGGGCCAUUUAGACUCACUCCAUUCAGCAGAAUUGACCAUAUCCCUUAAAGGCUUCUGUUGUUUGAGAAACUGAUUCAUGGUUAUGCAAGAAGUAGCAAACCUUGUUAUAGCUGGUAUGUGCAGAUUCCUUUGCUUGGUAAAUUUCCUCAUCAUGUUCACAAGAGGGACAUGGCUGUAGAUAUAUCUAUUCAUGAACAUGAAUUUUUCAUGGUAUUCUUCAAUGCUGGGAUUUUUUCAAUGUCCUCCAACAUUAGAUAAAUGCAAUGUGCAGCAUAUGGAGUCCAGUAGAAUUGAGGUCUUUUUGCUUCAAGCAAUUUUCCUAAAUUUUAAAUGUAAAGUGUUAAAACAAAGAAAUAAAAACGUUGAAUAUAAAAUAUUGGUUCAGAUCAUACAUAUCAGAUUUUAUGUAGCUCUUUGCAUUGUCUGUGAUAACUUGAACUACAUAAGCUUCUCCAAUCUCCUCAACCAUCUCAUAUAGCAUCUUAAACAACAAUGUCGCAUCUUUCACCACUUCUGAGACAUCUUUCAACUUCAUGAAAACAGAACCUUUAGGAGAAUUAACUAAGAAGUUGACAAUGUCUUUCUUAGCCACUGAAUCAUGCCAACCAUCAGACAUAAGUGAACAACAUUUACUAGCCCACUUGUUCUUGUUCUCCUCAAUUUGGACAAAGUGUUCUGCACUUCUUUAGUAAACAGUGGAACUCUUAAUUCAUACAUGGUUGGUGGUUUUAAUCAUACUCCAUAUUCCCUAAUUAACUUAAUCAUCUCGCCAAAAACUAGGACAGUUGACUGCAUUGAACACAAGACCAGCAUCCAAAACCCACAUAGUGAUACCUCCACAUACUGUUUCCUUUAAAUCUUUAUCACAAGCUCCAAGAACACUCUUUCUAUCUUUCCUUGCUUGCAAAAAUAUCAGGCGGAGGAGUAGUCACAUACAUGUCCAAUGGACCUCUAACUCUCCUCUUCUUAGCAUGGACAGACCAUCGCGGCUGACUUUCCUUUUCGCCGUCUUCAUCAUACUCGUCAAGACCUUCUUCUUCUACUUGGAGAACCAUGUUACGAGCCGCUAUCUUGUCAUCCUUCCUCUUCUUGUGUCUGUUUAACUCCUCUCUCACAUGUGGUGGACAUACUUUAUAAACUUUGGCAUUCCUAUGGUCCCCUCUUAAGUGUUGCUUGAGACGUGAAAUCCCACCAUGAAAGUCCUUCAUACAGAAGAUACACUUCCAAGAGUUAGAAUUGUUAUUCAACAUGGUUCCAUAUUUUCUUCCUGGAUUACUUCCAGGACGUGUAGCCUAAGACAUUGAAACUCUGAUCAAAGGAAAAACAUAACAAAGUAAUUACUAUUUGAGUAUUGUUAAUAGUAUUGACCGUUGGUUAUAAACUUAUAAUAUAAACGUAAAGAGCAUGAGACAAAAACUAUAAUAUACACGUAAAGAGCAUGAGACAAAAACAAGACUGAUCAUACACAAGUACACUCAAUUCAAAAGCCCGUAAGUAUAUUAGUAAGACGUCAAUUAUUUAAAGCUCGACUGUGAUCAAAGCAAAGACAGAAUUAAGAGAAAAAAGAGAAAAAAUGAUAUAAAAAGAAAGUACAGACAGUCAUAGACUAACCACGUGUUGUUAACUCCGACCAAGCAACCACAGUGCGUUCUAAUCUGUGACAAAGCAACACAAGAAUUUAUAAUAAGAAGAAGCACAUACAUGAUUAGAAAGAGUAGAGAGUACUCUAACCUUAAGCAAAAAACCUUGAGAUUUAUGUUUUUGUUAAGUUAUGUAACUUGUCUUUUAUAAAGAGGAAGGUAGGGUUUUCAUAGGUAUUUAGACGUUUAAGAUUCCGAAUCUCCUAAGUAUUUUAGACGUCUAAGAUUGGUUAUUAAUUAAGGUAGUAGGGUUUCAUACCUGGUUUACUCCAUGGGGUGCGCCUUACGGACCACCAUACCCUAGCCUAGGAGGUGCAUGGCGGGGAUAGGACUGUCGCCUUAGUGUGCCUUGCGCCUUGGCGCAAAAGGCGCCACGUAAAACACAGGUUUUUGGAUUAAUGAGUAUGCAAUAUCACAAUGGGACAUGACAUGAAGUGAUUAUAGUAUCCUGUGUAAUGCAAAUCAAUAUUUAAAGAGAGACCGUUCAGUUUUAUGAUAUUCUUUCAUUCAACAUCCUCAAACUCAAAGAUAAAAGUAAAAUAUUUGGGAGAACUCUAUAAUAAGAUUCAAAAUCAACACAAAGAAAAUAGAUUUUGUGACACUAAACUCCAUACAAAGACCUUAGUGAAUAGAUGAUCCCGAGUUAUAUAGAGCCUUAUGCUCACUAUCAAGUUCUGUUGUCUUGGCCUAAGGUUUUCAUUAUCCAUUGACUGUAACUUUGUAAACUCUGCUCAUGCAAAUCAUAGAAUCACUCUAGCAAUAACACAUACGCAAGGAAGAUAUAUUGAUCAUAUUUAAAUAAUUAAAACAAGAAAAGAGACCAUUACAAAUCACAUGCUUUGCUCUUCCCUUUUGCGUCUCCCAAGAAGUGUACCUUUUCUUAUUUGAGCCAAACUUGGAACAUAAUUCAGAAGAUGUGGGUAAGAAGAUGGUCUGAUUGUAGAACUUAGAUCAAGAGGAUCCACUUGCAUGUCUUUAUUUCCUCCUACAACGUGUAAUAUUUUGUUGUGAUACAUUACAGCUUUGUUCUCCUCGUCAGCCAAUAAACUAAACCUAUUCUUAUUUAUCCUACUUUUGGCCUUCACUGUUAGGACCUUGCUCCAUGACAUGACCGAUCGAGGACUAGUGUUUCACCCGUACAUGUAAAGUAUCUUCAUUGUAAAAACUGCCUAACAGACAAAGCUGCUCAUCUUUUUUUUUUUUUUUUUGAAACACUAAGCUGCUCAUCUUUAAAUACAGAUAAAGCUGAUAUAUUAAAUGGAAAAGGCUGAGGCAGUGAUAGAUUAUAAAAUCUCUUGGCUGAAAAAUCAAAACUGAGUAAGAAAUUACUGUGUGGACUCUGUGCUUGAGUAGCAAACCAAUAAGUAUUUUCCCUUCACAGAGAUGCCACGACUAUAUUGUGAUAAAAACCAAUCACUACACAAAGUACUCUCCAAGAAUUAGUGGUUAAGUCAUAUAACCUCGUACUCAUUUUUGAUUGGUAAUAUCACUUGAAGAUCCAUUCUCAAUAUUUUGUACUGCUUGCGGGAGAACUUGUUAUAGUAACCGAGAGCAUAGUAGUCGUCCCACUUGUAGAUGUCUCUAGGUCAAGCCCACUUGGUUUCCCCUGACCAUGGAUUCCAAACCACGAGUUUUGUUAUCCUUUAUGGUGCAUAGCAAUAAGCCUUCACAGUGAACAACGUUAUAUAUAGCGACUGGUGAAGCAUUAAGGUUGAAAUGAUAUGCUACCUUAACAGAUGGAGAAACAUCGUUGUGCUGCAGUCCAUGGAGAUUGAUCCUUACUAAGAAUACCUUAUAAUCAAUCAACAUGAUACUCAGAGGCUCCUCCUUUUGUGUACAAGCUGAGUGUUUCCUAGAAAAUCUCCAAGAUCUUAAUAGAGCGUGUGAUUGUUUUGAAGCUGAUCAAAACCGUGACAGGGAUUUAGCAGGAACCCUAUAGAGAAUCUCCUCUGUCAAAUCCCCUGGAAAGUUUCCCCACUCCAUAGAGGCUGUCAUUAAAUAAAUUUAGCAAGCCAGGCCAAGCAACGUACGAGCUGAGAAAGACCCAACCCUAAUUAUAUCCUCUCAGAGACCUAAGACCACCUCCAUCGAGGAGGUUCUAAGGAGAAUUUCAAGCAAAAUAAAAUAAAAUUAAAUGAAAAAGGCCAAAAAAAAAAGAAAGAACCGGGUCUUUAAUUGGGGUUUAUAGAACUGGUAAGGAACCCUUAGGUGUCAGUAUCCUAUUCGAUCACCUCUUAACGUCUCUCGCUCCUUCGCCUCGUGAAAUCAGUUUGGCUUCCUCCUCCAUUGUUGAACGGAAUCACCGAAUAUUGUAAUGAGAUCGAUUGUCCCGGUCGUUAUGGCUGGUGUGUUAGGUAUCUACGGUCUCAUCAUCGCUGUCAUCAUCAGUACCAGAAUCAACCCUAAGGCCAAGUCUUACUACCUCUUCGACGGAUACACUCAUCUCUCCUCUGGUCUCGCUUGUGGUCUCGCCGGUCUCUCCACCGAUAUGGCUAUUGGCAUCGUCAGCGACGCCGGUGUUAGCUUGUUAGAACUGGUUUCAGCUACACCACAGACAAAAGUGAUAUCCGUCAUGAUGAAAUGGGUUUGAUUACGCAAGCAGAGCAUGAUCGCUUAGAAAAGAUUGUCCCACUGUACGAACUAUCCAUUAAGCUUUGUGCGAUCGUUCAAAUGCUUGUAUGAUGAAGACAACAAAGAGUUGGGUUUGCAGCUCUGCACAAAUCAGAAGCAUACAAGCAUUUGAUGAAUAAUGAAGACAGAGAGAACAUGAAGUGGCUGAAAGUGUUUAACAAGUAUGAUCUCUACGGCAAAAGCAAGGUUCGUAUAAACGUGGAGGAAGUGAAGUCAUACUAUAUCUCCCUUAUCAUCAAGGUUUGUAUAUUCUAUAUAUACAAAAUGUGAAUUCAAGUUUCAAAUUUACAAUCAUUCAAUUAAAAAAAAA